UAUUAUAAUGCAAUAGCUGUAGCUCCCCAUAUGAGUUGAUCACUUACAACCAUCAACUCUCUUGCUCUCUAUAGCAGAUAUCUCAUUUUUCUUUGCUCAAGCAGUAGGAUAUCAGAAGUUUUCUAAUUAUAAAACAUGGCAGAUUCUUCUUCUUCAUACAUACAUAUGGUGCAGCACCUGAUAGAGAAGUGUCUGAUCUUCCACAUGACAAAAGAAGAGUGCAUGAAUGCCCUCUCUAAACAUGCAGAUAUUAAACCUAUCAUCACGUCAACGGUAUGGAGUGAAUUAGAGAAGGAAAACAAAGAAUUCUUUGAGGCAUAUGCACAAUCUCAUAACAACAGUGACAGAAUGUCCGAGGAAGAGACAAGCCAAAUGAUCCAAAAGAUGAUAUCGGAUUCCGGCAAAGGGGACCCUAAAAACUAAGCCUGCCAUGAAAACGAUCUUACCUCUGAGUUCUGGUUCGUACUUCAAAACUCUCAUCAUCACAAUCAGACAAACUCAUAGAGAUUUAUGUUUGAGGUCCCCACGAAUAAUUUUUUAUCACAUACGGAAAUGAGCAUGGAGUCCAUGGUCCCCAACCUAUUGUAAUAUUCCCCCUAGUUGCUACAAAAAUAGUUCUGUGCUUCCUUGACCAAUCAUAUUGUGCCAUGUCAAUGUACAUUUACUUGAAGAUAUCAAUUGGAAAAUAGUCAUUGGAUGUUGCUUUA